AAACUUUACAUUACAAAAAAACAAAAAAUAGCGUUUAAAAAUUCUUAAAUUCUUUUUACAUUUUAAUUGUUAUUGUCUGACUUAUAUAAGUUCACACAAAAUAAUAAUUGUUAAUCUAUUAAAUUAACAAUUGAUAGUAACAUUAAAGGUUAAUCGACAUAUUACAUUAAAGGUUAAUUGGAGCGAUGAAUAACGAGGAUUUCGUUGCUGAAGAGGAUACUCGAAUAUUUUCUAUAUGGUUCAAAAUCAAUGAGCCUAACGCAGAUGCAUAUCGAGUAUCUAAUUUAAAAACAUCUGAUUAUGUGCAACUUAAAAGUAACCAUAAAAAGGCCUACGAAUUCGUAAAAGAAAUGGUUGACACAGGAAAAAUAUUCAUUCAUCCAGAUAAUAUAAUUGAAUCCAUUUGGAGAUCCAUCGAUGAUGUAGAUUAUUCGAAAAAUAAAAGUAAAGCUUGGGAGUAUUUUACUCCAAUUACUUCAAAUUCGGCACGAUGCAAAUUUUGCCAGGGCAUAAUUAAAACCGCAGGAAAUACGACAAAUCUACGCUGCCAUCUCAAUUCGAAACACAAACUGUUCAUUCCAGUUGAUCUGCAAGUAAACAAUAAAAACGUUCUGUUGCAGCAGUUGAGGAACCCUCUAACUCUACUGUUGAGAGAAAAAAAUUAAAGACUCAGACUCAA